AUGGUUUCGGAACUAAGUAACGAACUCAAAACGGUCAUCGACGCGCGCGAUAGACUGGUGAAAGAGAACACCGAAAUGGAAAAGAGGCUAUCGGAAUCGGACAAAAGUCUGUCGAAUUUGUACGACGAAUCGAUGAAAAAGGUUGUCCACCUCGAAGAAUCGGUGUUUUCGAAGAACAAGGAAGCGGACGAAUUGAGAUCAGAUUUGACGAAAACGAAGAUGGAGAUGGACGAGAUCAAAAGACAACUCAACUUUGCCAAUAACAAAGUGGCGGAGGCGUAUUCCGAAGUGACUCGAAUCGUCAAGAACUCGGAAGACGUCCGAUCGCACGAGGAAUGUCGAGAACUUCUCACACGACGCCUCGAUGAAGUGGAACGUUCGUUGGAAAAGGAAAGGAUGAAGUUGGCCGAUUAUGAGCAAAUGAACAAAGAAUUAAUUCGACAUAUAUCCUAUCUGACGAACGAAAUAGAAACAGUAAAUUACGGCCGAAGUGUAGAGGUAAGCAAAUUGCGCCGAUUACUGAACGAUUGCAGACGCGAAGGGUCUCAACGACAACGUCAGGAACCUCCCGGUCGCCGUAACGUCGGUCCCAGCUACAACGUCGUCGAAGACGCAUGUUCCGGAAGUUCUGCGUGCGAAUCCGAAGAGGAAGUGGACGACGAC